GGCCGCGGUGCCCUGACACGGCCGGGUGCCCCCCGGGGCGGAGCGGCGCGGCCCCGGCCCGCGGCAGCGGCACUAGCAGCAGCAGCAGUAGCAUUUCAGAACUCACUUGAUUCAAUAUGGCUUUCAUUAGCCGAAAAAGCUUCCAGCUGUAUUCAUCCAGCACACCAGCGAGCAGGUCUGCUUUGAUGACCCUAAGCAGAAGGUUGAACUUCAUCAGUGGGCAGCACAAACCCCAAAACUGUAGCUCCGUGGCCAUGAGGAUGAUGUGUGUCAAAGAUAAAUCUCAGUAUACGUUUUGUAGGAAAAAACAUGUACAACUGCAGAUGCAGUCACUUUCUGUUAAUGAAGCUGUGCAUCUUUGUGGAGAUACGAGGAACUGUACUAAAUCAAAUAAUGUGUGGAUGGAUGAACAAUUAUUUUUCAAGAGGUUGAACGGCCUUUGUACAUCAAAAGAGAUUUUAUAUUUUCUUAGCUCUCUAGAAGUCAUGUCUGAUACAAUGGCCUCGGGAGCCCUGCAGAAGAUUUCUGAACUUGAGGUGGAUGACAAUGGUCUUAAAAACCCUGCACUGUUAGAGAAUGAAGUUUUCAGGGCAUUAUGCUUCCAGUUUGAAUUUGAAUCCUCAAACCUGUCAAACACGGGGCUGCUGAAUGCCUUGCAGGCUUUGAUAAAGCUGCGUAUAGACCCACAGAGCACGCUGAUGACGAGCCUGCUUUCGGAGAGCGAGGAGCGGCUUGGCCGGGGACAGCUGACUGCUGAACAUCUCUGUGCUCUCGGAGAGAGUUUGCUUGAGUUAGAAAGCCCAAGUUGUGCCACGCUGGAACAAAUUGUGAACCACAUGCAAGAAAGAGACAUUAAGAGUUGGAGCCCCAGGGAAGUAGUGAUGGCUUACAAGAUACUGGAAGUGACUGUGAGGGAAGGGAAACAAUGGCAAAGCUUGCUAAACAGACUGAACAGUGUCACUUUAGGUGCAGUUUCCCAACUGAGCCCAAACUUUGUAAGUGUAAUACUGAAUUCACUGGUGGUUCUUGGUCAGACUCGGGCAGUUCUCUUAGUUACUGCACUUUGUAAACAUUCAGUGCAGCAUGUUCCCUAUUUCACAGAUCAUGAACUGGUAAAUGUACUGGAAGCUUUCCUAUAUUUUGGUCAAAAAAUGCAAAAUUUUACAGAGGCACUGGAAAGACAUGUCCCCAAAUCCAUCCACAUUAUGCACCCUCAAACAGUCAGCAAGGUCAUGCAGUAUUGCUGCAAAAAGAUGAUCCUUUCAAAGCCCAUCUUUGAUGCAGUGGCAGAAGGUUUCAUUUCCAGUGCUGACAGACUUACCACUGACCAGAUUGCUGCGUAUAUUAUCCCAUUUGGGACCCUUAACUACCUCCCUCCAAGUGCAUCUUCCUUGUUUGGGAAGCUUGAAACUGUGCUGCACACCCGCCUGAGGCACUUUCAGCCUCACACCUUGCUGAACCUGCUGCACUCGUGUGUCCUUAUUCAACGUUAUCCGACAAAUUUCCUGCCAAAAAUAUUUAGUCCCUAUUUUCUGCAAAAGCUUCAAGCUCAGCCACCUGGUUUGAACAGAGUUGUUAUGUCCCAGCUAACCCAGCUUUUUCUGACUGUCACCCUGGAGUGCCCAUUUUAUGAGGGUCCAAAACUCCUUUCCAAGUACCAGGUAAAGGCCUUUCCCACACCUCAGAGUUCUCUGGAUGUUCACCUCUUUAAAAGGGUGAAGACAGGAUUACUUGAUUUACUGAAAAAAAGAAUAUACUUUGCAUCAGAGGUAUCAACACCAUAUUUCUAUGUAGUUGAUAUUGAGAUUAAAUUAGAUGAAGAAGGUUUUGUAUUGCCUGCAGCCCAGCUUGAAGAGGUGCACAAACGAAUUGCCCUGUGUGUUGAUGGUCAAAAUAGAUUUUGUGCUCAUAGCCACAAUCUGUUGGGAGAAGAAGCUAUUAAACAGAGACACCUUCAGUUACUUGGUUAUGAAGUUGUGCAGAUUCCAUUUUUUGAGAUAGAAAGUCUACAAAGUACCAGAAAAAUAGCAGAUUAUCUACACAAAAAAAUCUUUCCUUGUACAUAAUGACUCAGCAACUGACACUGGAGAAUACUGCUGGAUAACAGGCUGACCUUCUAUACUACAAAGUGUAAAUUUUGUGCAUGGAAGAAAAACUAUUUUUUCUAAGUAACUCCACCUCAGAAAAUGUGAGCUUCUGAGUGUGAAACCUUCCAAUAUUUGGAACAAUUGACAUGUAAAGAGUAAUAAAGAGCAUUGUAUUUUCUUAA